CCAUUCACUCACCAAUUCCUUUACCCAGCUUUGACAACUAAUCACUAACUUAACCACCCUCUACUAACAUUUACUAUAGUGCUACAUGACCUUAGAUGUCUAGCACAUUUAUUUUGCUUUUAACCAUUAACCAUUAACCAUUUCCAACACACCAAUAUCACAACAAUGCCAUUCCUCGGAUCCUCCAUCUCCUGACAUCCCUCCUGAUACUUCACCACCUCCUCCCUUUCAUCCCUUAUCCCACUCCUAACCCCUUCUCCUCCGACACGCAUUGUUACGGUUAUCACUCGUUAAUUAACCCAUAGUAGCUCUUCUACAUUGGAAUAUUUGUGGUUUCACAGACCUGACCUUCGUUUCUUCUUGUAACACCUCCAUUAUCUGCCUCCAAGAGACUUUUCUUACACAUACUCCUAUACCAAUUCCCAUUUUGCUUUCCUCACACUCCCUUUAUGUCUCGUCUAUACUUAUCCAUCAGAAAAUACCUUAUUUUAUGCCUCCCUUUCAGAUCUCUGUCCCUUGCACAGUUAUUCGCAUCUUUCUUAGUCGCUGGAUUACAAUUAUUUAAGUUUACUUCUCCCCUUCCCACCCUAUUGACUUUGUUGCCUUUGAAGUUUUUUUCACCCCAAGUCCAACCACCUUUCCUCUAAGCUGGUGAUUUUCACUGCCACCACACUCUUUGCAAUGAUUCCACCACUACCUCCUGUGACCGAUCCCUAGAACGCUUCCUCUUUACAACUGACCUUAUAAUUCUUAAUUCAGAUCGCCCCACACACUUUGACAUGUGAGCGCAAUCGUUUUCACGCCGCCUGUCUUUGUCGUAUAAUCCGGAACAACAAAACAACUAACUGGCAAAAUUGUUUCCUCAAUUACAUCUACAACUAUUUCAGCAGUGUGGCGUUGGAACCAAAAACUGUCGGCCAAACAUCCCCGCAUCCAGCCUUCAUAUUCAAGAUACUCUCAUCUCUGAUCCUUUGCCAGUCACUAAUGAACUGAUGACUAUUUAAGUCAGACGACGCAAAAGUCGAAAAAGAAAGAAGAGAAAGUAUCCUCAUCAGAACUAGCCGUGCGUGGUCAAGAUGAAGGCGCCCUCGGGAGGCAAGAGGAUCACGAAGGGCUGGCUGGAGUUCAUGCUGGCGGAGCACGAGAGCAGGGAGCGGCCCGGCACCCGAGUCUCCGUCGCGGACUUCGCCGUCAGGCAAGGAAUUCCUCCCGGGGAAGGGUUUAAUUCCGACCUGGUGCUCGUGGACGUCACGGCAGAGCUCUCGAACGGGCCAGGCGAGGCGCAGGAGAAAACGUACCAUCUUGCCGCCAAGUUCCUUCACGCCGACCCCUUCGCCGCUGAAAUCAACAGGAGGUUCCAGAGCCACAUCAAGGAGCUCCGCAUGUACGCAGAGGUGGUGCACGAGCUCAACGCCUUCCUGGCUGCCAGAGUUCCAGAAGAGUCCCCGAUUUGCAUCCCGAAUAUGAUUUAUGGAAAGGAGAAUGGGAGCGAGUAUGUGCUGGUGAUGGAGAACAUCAAGGCCGCUGGCUACAUGACCAAUGAUAAGAGAAAAGGCCUUGAUGUCAAACAUGUCAUGAGGUCUGUUGAGGAAAUUGCAAAGGUCCAUGCUGUGUCUUACGCCUACAACAAAGCUCACAACUUCCUCGAAAAGUUUCCCUGUUAUCAGUUCAAAGCAGAGUACCUUAAUGUUAUCCCAGCAUUUCUGAAAUUCAGCUUGAAGAAUUGCGUUGCUUGUCUGAAUACAGUGAAAGGUAAGGAAGAACUUGCCAAGAAAGUCGAGAACGCAUAUCCCAUUUUGUCCAAGAAAUUCUACGCUCUGCACGACUAUUUCGGGAACGCGUGCUUAUGUCAUGGAGAUUUCUGGAACUGCAACAUUAUGUUCAAAUACCAACAGCAUGACGAUGACCAAGAACAGACCCUUGAGGGAAUAAAACUCAUUGACUGGGGGAACUCUUCAUGGCAUAAUCCCAUGAUCGACCUCCAGUACCUGCUCCAUACCUCAACCACGCUAGAACUAAGGAAAACCCACAUCGAUGACAUCCUGCAAAAGUAUCACACCGUCUUCACGUCCCUCACCACCAAGCUCGGAGCGCCCUUGCCCCACUACAGCUAUAGUGCCUUCCGGGAAGACUGGGACCGCACAGCCAUCUACGGGUUUAUCUUGGGUAACAUAACCAUCCAGGGAACUCUCAGCACAACGUAUUCUGGGAAUAAACCUCAAGGACCCUCCGUCCUCGACCACGGCGCCCUCACACCCAUCCGACUCGUAGUGAACAGCAUCAAGACCGGCAUGGCGAAGCUCAUUGGACCGAUCAUUUUGGGGCCAAAUGGAGCCAAGUACAUGGGGAUGUUUGUGGGCAGCAUGCUGAAACCCAUACAGAGGGAAAUUUUAUCUGGAACAAAUGAAAUUUUGAAUGCUAGGCUGCUUGAUGCCCUGUGUGAGGCAGAUGAGAAAGGUCUCUUUGACGAGUAAUGGAUAUUGCGAAGAAAGCACUUAAAAAUGUACAAAUUCUUGACUGCAGAAAACAUUGGGAGAAUGAAGCCAUUUGAUUUUCGUUAAGUUACCACAGGGUGUGAUAUGAUAUAGAGAUAAAAUAUACUAUCAAAAUAAAAGUAUUGUUACAA